GCAGACACGCGGAUGUGAAGCCCAUUUAGCAUCGGUCUGCUCUGCACGCUCAGCUAUCUGAUCUCUGAUCUGGAGACGGGCGAAUCCUGCCGUAAGAUGUCUCCUCUGGGUCCGGCCGCUUGGAUCUUUCUCCAGAUUUUCUCGAGCUGGAAAUCAGCAGCAUGCUCUGAGGAGGGAAUCAUCGGAGGGAAGGAGGUGAAGCCGCACUCCAGCCCCUGGAUGGUGUCUCUCCAGAGCAGCGGGAAGCACGUCUGCGGUGGGGUGCUGAUCAAGGAUCAGUGGGUCCUGACUGCCGCACACUGCGAGAGUGAGUUUGGGCAGUGUACUGCAGUGGAGGCGGUUCUGGGGGCGCACUCCCUGCACGACAGAGACGCAGAGCGCCUGGGGGUUCAGGAGUGCAUCAAGUCUCGCACCUUCAACAAGAACACCAGAGCCGAUGACAUCAUGCUCAUCAAGCUUAAGAAGAAGGUCAAGGCAAAAGGCAAGAAGAUCCGGGUGAAAGAUCUCCCAAAGUCCGGUAAAGAUGUGCCUGUGGGGACAAGCUGUCAGGUGACCGGGUGGGGCGUGACCAAGGAGAAGGUCAGGGUGGCGUCAAACACCCUGCAGGGGGUGGAGGUGAAGAUUGAGGGCCGGGACCUGUGCAACUGCUAUUACAACAGCAACCCGGUGAUCACACAGGACAUGCUCUGUGCAGGAAACAAAAAGGCCAAGGCUGAUGCUUGCUUGGGUGACUCCGGCGGGCCACUGAUUUGUAAGAAGCUGCUGGUGGGCGUGGUUUCCGGUGGUCAUGGCUGUGGUGACCCCAAGAAGCCGGGCGUGUACACCCGCCUGUCAGAGCGACACCUGUCCUGGAUUAAAAAGAUCAUAAAGCAUCGCAGCAACAUCACUGCUCCUCUGACUGAUGUUUGAGUAAAGCCCUGCCCUCAGCUUCGUAAUGCAUACUUUCUUUUAAACUGCAAACUUAUUAGCAGUAUACUCUCUGUUAAACUGCAUACUUAUUAGCAGCAUACUUUCUGUUAAACUGCAAAGUUAUUAGCAGCAUACUUUCUGUUAAACUGCAUACUUAUUAGCAGCAUACUUUCUGUUAAACUGCAUACUUAUUAGCAGCAUACUCUCUGUUAAACUGCAUACUUAUUAGCAGCAUACUCUCUGUUAAACUGCAUACUUAUUAGCAGCAUACUCUCUGUUAAACUGCAUACUUAUUAGCAGCAUACUCUCUGUUAAACUGCAUACUUAUUAGCAGCAUACUCUCUGUUAAACUGCAUACUUAUUAGCAGCAUACUCUCUGUUAAACUGCGUACUUAUUAGCAGCAUACUCUCUGUUAAACUGCAUACUUAUUAGCAGCAUACUCUCUGUUAAACUGCGUACUUAUUAGCAACUGUGAAACUGUUAGCCUGGGUCAAGUAUACCAGGGCAUUAUUGGGAUUUUAAAGUAAUACGCAAAUAAAAUUUAUGCAAAAAUGCUCAA